AUGAUAAGGGUUCCUAUCAGACUAAAAAGUAACAGUUAACACUAAAAAGUAAACAAUUGAAUGUCGUUCAAAAGUGUGCACGUAAUCUGUUUAUCUAUUAAUUUUAAAAUACUCAAAACUCAAAAGCCAGCUGUACAUAAUAAGACAUAACUAUUGCAUUUUGGAAUUUGAUACCAAAUUCACAUAAUGGCUAAAGUAAUUUUAGUUACUGGUGGAUCGGGACUAGUGGGCAGCGCCAUCAGGACUAUUGUUGAAACACAAAACGAAGCGUUGCCUGAUGAAAAAUGGAUAUUCACUAAUUCCAAAGAGGCAGAUCUCAAUGAUGUACAAGCUACAAGAGAUUUAUUUGAAAAAUACAAACCUACUCAUGUGAUACAUUUGGCGGCAAUGGUUGGUGGUCUAUUUCAUAAUAUGGACAACAAUUUGGACUUUUUGCGCAAAAAUGUACACAUAAAUGACAAUGUACUGGAAACUAGUUUUCAGUACAAUGUAAAAAAAGUAGUGUCGUGUCUAUCUACUUGUAUAUUUCCAGACAAAACAUCAUAUCCAAUAAAUGAAACUAUGAUUCAUAAUGGACCCCCUCAUCCAUCCAAUUUUGGUUACAGUUAUGCCAAGCGAUUGUUAGAUAUUGCUAAUAAAGCAUACCAUCAAAAACACGGGGUAAUUUUUACUUCUGUUGUACCAUGUAAUGUGUUUGGACCGCAUGAUAAUUUUGACUUGCAAAAUGCCCAUGUAGUACCAGCUCUUAUUCAUCGACUCCACAUAGCUCUAGAAAAAGGAGCUGAUAAAUUUGUAGUACUGGGAUCUGGAAAACCUCUGCGACAAUUUAUUUAUUCACUAGAUCUUGCCAGGCUGUUUGUUUGGGCAUUAAGGAAUUAUGAUGAUGUUGAACCUAUCAUCUUAUCAGUGGACGAGGAAGAUGAAAUAACAAUUCGUCAAUUAGCCGAAUUGAUUACAAAAUCAUUUAAUUUCCAAGGAAUUUUAGAAUUUGACACCAGUGCUGCUGAUGGCCAGAUCAAAAAAACUGCUAGUAAUGAAAAACUUAGAAAAUUGUUACCAAACUUUAAAUUUACGAGUUUGGAUACAGCUAUAGCUGACACUGUUGAAUGGUUCAAAAAAAAUAAUAAACAAGCAAGACUGGUUGCUCCAUAAAGAAUAUGA